AUGGUGGAACAUGAACAGCGCAAACAGGGGCAUGGAGGAGGGUAUAAUAGGAAGAGAAGAUAUAGAGAUGACGAGGGAGGUGAUCGAUAUCGACAGCAGCGUAGAAGAUACGAAGAGCCGAUUGCUGCGAUUGUUAGGAGACAGCUAUUGAACGUUGCGGAACCGACUUCAAGACGUCCAGAAGAUGAUAUCCCUAGAAUCGCGAAGAUGGUUGCAGACAAUUACUCGGAUGAGGUGAUGAAGGCGGCCUUUGAGGAGCUUAUCCUGCAGAUGGUCCUCGAACAACCAUUGAAAAUCCCCUUUGUCGCUGCAGUCGUCCUCCUACUCAACAAUUUUAAACCAGAAGCCACCGCCCAGAUUAUCUCCAAGAUUGGAGAACAAGCUGUUCUGUACGUGGGACAGGGCCAUUGGCGAAAUGUCAAGCUUAUGUUGCGGUUCCUGGCAUGUCUGCAGGGCAUCUUUGAAGGCGAUGGUAUAUUCCCAGUGCUGGAGGAGCUAUUUUCGCGUGCUGUUGACCUUCAGACCGGCUCGUCUGAAGAUUCUCUUGGAUUGGAGCUCGUCAACAUUAUUCUCUACACCAUCCCUUACAUCAUGGCCUCGUCUGCCACCGGGCUCGAGUCUCAUGCCUCUGCCUUACUGGAAAAGACAGAUAUCAUUGCAUCAACCCCACAUACGCUUGAAGCAAUCGUUGACCCCUUCCCUAAGAAACCAGGCGAGGAAGAAGGCUCCAGAUUAAGUGCAUUAGGCCUGAUCCAGAAACAGCUGCAAGAGGAAUCUGCUCAGUCGUGGAAACUCGCCUGUAUUCCAAGGCCGUGGAAAGAACCACUCGCUCAAAAGGAGCAAAAGCAAAAUGGCGACGAGGAAGAGAAAAAGGAGGAUGAAGAAGCCCCCAAGGCCCCUACCAAACAUGCUUUCCCAGAGAUUGCAGUGCCCAACCCAGUCAAGAACGGACCUAGGGCGAUUUUCCCUGAGAUCUAUUUCUCCGUCUAUACCCACCAGGACGUUGACACGGUUCCUCCAACAUCCGAUAUUGCAUCUUCAUUGGUCCGUGAUGCAUUGGUUGAUACUAUUAACGUUCUUGACUUCAACCGAAAUGCAACGGCCAAAUUCCUCAUCGAUGUGGACUGCUACUUUGCACCGGACACCUUCGUCAAACGAGCUGUCCCCGUAGACCAACUCCGGGACUCCCCAUCCCCUGAGAAGUCAACCUGGAAGCCAGAGGAUGUCGCUGUUGACGCUGCCUUCUCUCAGCUCCUGCAAUUGCCAUUCCCAGAACAUAAACUGGUAUAUUACCAUUCGGUACUUACGGAGUCUUGCAAGAUUGCUCCCGCUGCAGUUGCCCCUAGUUUGGGACGUGCGAUUCGUUUCGUGUAUCGAAACAUCGAUAAGUUGGAUCUUUCACUUGCCCAUAGAUUCUUGGAUUGGUUCUCUCACCAUCUGAGCAACUUUGGUUUCACAUGGAAGUGGACUGAGUGGGUUGCCGACCUUGAGCUGCCAGAUGUCCAUCCUAAGAAGGCCUUUAUUAUUGGCGCUAUAGACAAGGAGAUCCGUCUUAGUUUCGCACAGAGAAUUAAAGGAACGCUUCCAGAGCCUUAUCACGAAUUAAUCACUGAAGGCAAAGAGAAGGAUACGCCGGAUUUCAAGUUUUCGCAAGAGACAACUCCGUAUUCAAAAGAAGGACAAGAGCUUAUGAAACUCAUCCGCCAGAAAUCAUCGGAUGAAGAAAUUCAAGCUGUGAUCACUUCCAUCGAAGAACAAGCUCAGACUCACGGACUGACUGAUCCUCUCAUUGCUUCUACGGACGUUUACAUGACCUCCAUCUGCUACGUGGGAUCCAAGUCUCUUUCUCACUUUCUUUCCUGCAUUGAGCGCUGCAAGGACCGACUUCUUGCCAUUGGUCCGAAGUCUGGUGCCGCACGCCGUCAAAUGAUCAAUUCAGUCAUGGAAUACUGGGCCGACCAGCCUGGAAUCGGCAUCAACAUCAUCGACAAGCUAUUGAAUUACACCAUUCUCACCCCUCUCUCUGUCCUCGAAUGGGCGCUAGUUGACAACCUCGCUGCAGGUUCAACGUUGGCAAAACCACAUAUCUUCGAAAUGAUAGCUGCCACCAUGCGCAAAGUGACGAACCGCAUGCGCCAGAUUGUGGCAGCCAGAACUCAACCAACACUCUAUGAACCACAGCUCAGCAUACUAGACGAAACUCUCAAGAAAGAGAAGGCGGAUAUGCUUUCUAUGUUCCAGCUGAUUGAAGAUACACUAGUUCCCGUAGCGGGCGGAUACAGCGAUGGGAUAAUGGAACGGACAGAGGACGAUGCACUCCAGACUGAAAAUGUGAUGAUACAGCAGUGGGGAAGCAGAUGGCUGAAUGUCUUUAGACGUAAAGUUGCAGUUGAGAGAGCAUUCAUCGACGAGGCGAUGGCUUCUGCUCCUGCUCUUGACGCUUGA